GCUGGUACUUCACCGGAGACUCCGCGCCCAGGCGUGCCGCCCCAGGAACCGCGAGAAGGUCACCGCAGCCCGCCGCCUUUCCAUCCAUCCAUCCAUCCAUCCAUCCAUCCAUCCAUCCAUCCAUCCAUCCAUCUAUCCAUCCAUCCAUCCAUUUCUCCGUCCGUCUGUCCAUACCUCGCGCUGCGCUCGCUUCCCAGCCGCCCCAGCCACCCAGCGCCAUGAAUCAGAUAGAGCCCGGCGUGCAGUACAACUAUGUCUACGACGAAGAUGAGUAUAUGAUCCAGGAGGAGGAGUGGGACCGCGACCUGCUCCUCGACCCGGCCUGGGAGAAGCAGCAGAGGAAGACGUUCACUGCCUGGUGCAACUCACACCUGCGGAAAGCUGGCACCCAGAUCGAGAACAUUGAGGAGGAUUUCAGGAACGGCCUCAAGCUCAUGCUACUUCUAGAAGUCAUCUCAGGGGAAAGGCUGCCCAAACCUGACCGGGGAAAAAUGCGGUUCCACAAGAUUGCGAAUGUCAACAAGGCUCUGGAUUACAUAGCCAGCAAGGGAGUGAAGCUGGUAUCUAUUGGAGCUGAAGAAAUAGUCGAUGGCAACGUGAAGAUGACCCUGGGUAUGAUCUGGACCAUCAUCCUCCGCUUCGCCAUUCAGGACAUCUCAGUGGAAGAAACAUCUGCCAAAGAAGGGCUGCUGCUAUGGUGUCAGAGGAAGACAGCUCCAUACAGAAAUGUGAACAUCCAGAACUUCCACACCAGCUGGAAAGAUGGCCUUGGACUCUGUGCCCUCAUCCACAGACACCGGCCCGACCUCAUUGACUACUCAAAGCUUAACAAGGAUGACCCCAUCGGCAACAUUAACCUGGCCAUGGAAAUAGCAGAGAAGCACUUGGAUAUCCCUAAGAUGCUGGAUGCUGAAGACAUUGUCAACACUCCCAAACCCGAUGAAAGAGCCAUCAUGACUUACGUUUCCUGCUUCUACCAUGCUUUCGCGGGAGCGGAGCAGGCCGAGACAGCAGCUAACAGAAUAUGUAAGGUUCUUGCUGUGAAUCAAGAGAAUGAGAGGCUGAUGGAAGAAUAUGAGAGGCUAGCGAGUGAGCUGUUGGAGUGGAUUCGGCGCACAAUCCCCUGGCUGGAGAACAGGACGCCUGAGAAGACCAUGCAGGCCAUGCAGAAGAAGCUGGAGGACUUCCGGGAUUACCGUCGUAAGCACAAGCCCCCCAAGGUGCAGGAGAAGUGCCAGCUGGAGAUCAACUUCAACACGCUGCAGACCAAGCUUCGGAUCAGCAACCGGCCCGCCUUCAUGCCCUCCGAGGGCAAGAUGGUGUCGGACAUUGCUGGUGCCUGGCAGAGGUUGGAGCAGGCUGAGAAGGGCUAUGAGGAGUGGCUAUUGAAUGAGAUUCGAAGACUGGAGCGCUUGGAGCACUUGGCUGAGAAGUUCAGACAGAAGGCCUCCACGCACGAGACAUGGGCUUAUGGCAAAGAACAGAUCUUGCUGCAGAAGGACUACGAGUCUGCAUCCCUGACGGAAGUUCGAGCCCUACUUCGGAAGCAUGAGGCCUUUGAGAGUGACCUGGCUGCACACCAGGACCGCGUGGAGCAGAUCGCUGCCAUUGCGCAGGAGCUCAAUGAACUGGACUAUCACGAUGCUGUGAACGUCAAUGAUCGGUGCCAGAAAAUUUGUGACCAGUGGGAUAGAUUGGGGACGCUCACCCAGAAGAGGAGGGAGGCCUUGGAGAGAACUGAGAAGUUGCUGGAAACAAUCGACCAACUGCACCUGGAGUUUGCCAAGAGAGCUGCGCCCUUCAAUAACUGGAUGGAGGGAGCCAUGGAGGACCUGCAGGACAUGUUCAUUGUCCACAGCAUCGAGGAGAUCCAGGUGAAGCAGCUGGUGCCGGUCCGGGAUCAGUCCCUGCAGGAGGAGCUGGCUCGCCAACAUGCUAAUGAGCGUCUGCGACGCCAAUUUGCUGCUCAGGCCAAUGCCAUUGGGCCCUGGAUCCAGAACAAGAUGGAGGAGAUCGCUCGGAGCUCCAUCCAGAUCACCGGGGCCCUGGAGGACCAGAUGAACCAGCUGAAGCAGUACGAACACAACAUCAUCAACUACAAGAACAACAUCGACAAGCUGGAGGGUGACCACCAGCUCAUCCAGGAGGCCCUGGUCUUUGACAACAAGCACACGAACUACACCAUGGAGCAUAUCCGUGUCGGAUGGGAGUUGCUGCUGACAACUAUCGCCAGAACCAUCAAUGAGGUGGAGACCCAGAUCCUGACAAGAGAUGCCAAGGGCAUCACCCAGGAGCAGAUGAAUGAGUUCAGAGCCUCCUUCAACCACUUUGACAGGAGGAAGAAUGGCCUGAUGGAUCAUGAGGAUUUCAGAGCCUGCCUCAUUUCCAUGGGCUAUGACUUGGGUGAAGCUGAAUUUGCCCGCAUUAUGACUUUGGUUGACCCCAACGGACAAGGCACAGUCACUUUCCAGUCCUUCAUUGACUUCAUGACUAGAGAGACCGCAGACACCGACACGGCGGAGCAGGUCAUCGCCUCCUUCCGGAUUCUGGCUUCUGAUAAGCCUUACAUCUUGGCAGAGGAGCUUCGUCGAGAGCUGCCUCCGGAUCAGGCCCAGUACUGCAUCAAGAGAAUGCCCCCAUACUCAGGCCCAGGCAGUGUCCCUGGGGCCCUAGACUACACUGCCUUCUCCUCUGCCCUCUACGGGGAAAGCGACCUCUAAUGCUCUUUCUGUAAUCCCUACCCUAUCAGAAUGCAAUAAAGGCUGAAGUAUAGGCUGUUACCUGGAAA